AUGGGUGUUCUCGAGAAACUGUCCCGCAAGAGCGGUGUCAUCGUCGGCGAUGACGUUCUCCGUCUGUUCGAAUACGCCCAGGAGAAGAAAUUCGCCAUCCCGGCCAUUAACGUGACCUCUUCCUCGACCGUUGUCUCCUCUCUGGAGGCUGCCCGCGACAAGAACUGCCCCAUCAUCCUCCAGAUGUCCCAGGGUGGCGCUGCCUACUUUGCUGGCAAGGGUGUCGCCAACGGCAACCAGGAGGCUUCCAUUGCUGGCGGUAUCGCUGGUGCCCACUACAUUCGCAGCAUUGCGCCCGCCUACGGCAUCCCCGUCGUGCUGCACACCGACCACUGCGCCAAGAAGCUGCUGCCAUGGUUGGAUGGCCUGCUCGACGCUGACGAGGCCUACUUCAAGCAGCACGGCGAGCCUCUCUUCUCGUCUCACAUGAUCGAUCUGUCCGAGGAGCCGGUCGACUGGAACAUCGAGACCACUGCCAAGUACCUCAAGCGCGCUGCUCCCAUGAAGCAAUGGCUCGAGAUGGAAAUCGGUAUCACCGGUGGUGAAGAAGACGGUGUCAACAACGAAGACGUCGACAACAACUCGCUCUACACCCAGCCCGAGGACAUCCUGGCCAUCUACAACGCGCUGUCCGCGGUCAGCCCGUACUUCUCGAUUGCUGCCGGAUUCGGUAACGUGCACGGUGUGUACAAGCCCGGCAACGUGCGUCUGCACCCAGAGCUGCUCAAGAAGCACCAGCAGUACGUCAAGGAGAAGAUCGGCUCGUCCAAGGACAAGCCCGUCUUCUUCGUCUUCCACGGCGGCUCCGGCUCGUCCAAGGAAGAGUACAAGGAGGCCAUCAGCUACGGCGUGGUCAAGGUCAACGUCGACACGGACAUGCAGUUUGCCUACCUGGCCGGCGUGCGUGACUACGUGCUCAAGAAGAAGGACUACCUGCUGACCGCAGUCGGCAACCCGGACGGCGCGGACAAGCCCAACAAGAAGUUCUUCGACCCACGUGUGUGGGUGCGCGAGGGUGAGAAGACCAUGAGCGUGCGCGUGCAGGAGGCUCUGGCCGACUUCAACACUGCUGGACAGUUGUAG